UCCGCCGGUGGGUUCGUAAGUGCUGCUGUUUGUGCUAGAAAAUAAUACAUUUAUCUUCUUUCCAAUGGCAAACAGAACCGUCAAAGAUGCUAACAGUAUCCAUGGAACGAACCCGCAGUAUCUGGUGGAGAAAAUCAUCCGAACUCGAAUCUACGAGUCUAAGUACUGGAAGGAGGAGUGUUUCGGUCUGACCGCCGAGCUGGUGGUUGACAAGGCCAUGGAGCUAAAGUAUGUUGGAGGAGUUUUUGGCGGGAACACCAAGCCCACGCCCUUCCUCUGCCUCACGCUAAAGAUGCUGCAGAUUCAGCCAGAGAAAGAUAUCAUUGUUGAGUUCAUAAAGAACGAGGAUUUCAAAUAUGUUCGUUUACUUGGGGCGAUGUACAUGAGGUUAACGGGCACCGCGGUGGAUUGUUACAAAUACCUGGAGCCUCUGUACAACGACUACAGGAAGAUCAAGAGUCAAAACAGAGAUGGAGAAUUUGAGCUGAUGCACGUGGACGAGUUUGUGGAUGAUCUUCUUCAUGCAGAGAGGAUGUGUGACAUCAUUCUUCCCCGGCUCCAGAAAAGACAAGUCUUGGAGGAGGCUGAGAUGUUGGAUACACGUAUCAGUGCUUUAGAAGAGGACCUGGAUGAAGUGGAAAGCAGUGAAGAUGAAGAUGAGGAGGAAGAGAAGCCAGAGAGACUCCAGACCCCUGAACCCCACAGACGCAGUUACCGUGACAACGACAGACCUCGUCGCUCUCCAUCACCUCGCUACAGACGAAGUCGCUCACCCAGACGGAGGAGCAGAUCUCCGAAGAGGAGGAGCCCAUCACCGAGGAGAGACCGCCACCGCAGCAAAAGCCCUCGCAGACAUCGCAGUCGGUCCAGGGACAGACGUCACCGCUCCAAAUCUCCAGGUCACCACAGAAGUCACAGACAUCGCAGCCACUCAAAGUCCCCAGAAAGGAGCUCAAAAAAGAGUCACAAGAAGAGUCGAAGAAACGAGUGACCUCCCGUCUUUGUUUUAUAUCUUUCUUUUUUUUAAUCUCCAAUUGGUCAGAGCUCCUCCCUCUGAGACUUGUAAUAAGUUCUGUAUUGUUUUAGGUUUUUUUUUCUGUCGGGUAAGAAAGUACAUAUUGGACCAGUGACACUCAGCCAUGUAAAAGUUUAAUAUGUGUGAAUAAAGAAAGUGUUCGAUGUAAACAUUUGUCUUAUAAAUAAAGAUUGUGAUUCUUAA